AUGCUAUAUGCUCUCGAGGCUGGCGCUGCGUGUUCUCGCGCCGUGCGUGACGCGUCGUUCGCUCGCGUUGACGACGAGAUCGAGAACGGGAACGAGAGCGCGAGAAGUGCGUCUGGCGAUAGGAACGGCGAUCCCGAUUUCCCUCACCACACAUGUGCGGAGGACCACGAGGCGCGUACAAACAAUCUCGAUCAUAUUCGAAGACAAUCUUAUGCGCAAACUGUAAGCGAUAUGUCAGAAACAACUACCCUAUCGAAACGGAAUCGGGGUCCGCGAUCCGCGACCGUCACCAGAUUAGAAACCAAGCUGCCCCGAUGUGUGCAACGUAGAUUACCGUGUACUCCCGCAUCCGUAAGAUGUCAUCCGCGGUUAAAUCUCUAUCGAUGUACCGAUCAUCGCGUACCCAAAAGAUCAUACAGAUUGGCGGUCGGGUCUGCGAUUAGCCGAGCCGGUCGCGGGAUUCCAACGUCAAUUCCCAAAAGUUGCGCCGACCGAUGCCCACCCGGUUUCCUGGGCCUUGGCUCUCCUCGCAAGAAGAGUCUGUCGAUGAUGGAUUUGUCUCUGCCCGCCGUCGAUUCCAACAUCGGUGAUCUCAAAUCAGAGAGCGGUUCUUCUGCCAGUCGUCUCGACGAGAUUAGCGACAGGUCCAGGGACAUCUUGGCGAACGGAAGCGCUUAUUGUAGUGGCAGAUCCUGGACGGACGCUACACCAUCCUCGGAAUCCGAGCAGGGUGAGGCUGUCGGUUUGACAGAGGAUCCGACGAUCAAGGCGGCGAACGUGGUGUACCGUGUGCUGAUGCUGAAUGCAUGGAGACGCAAACGCGCCGAGAUUGUGCAGUUGGAGCAACAAGUGGAACAUCUGCAUUUGCAGAUCGAGUUUCUGCGCCGAUUGCUGCUCGCCGAAAAUGACCGGGUUGGCAAACUGAACAGCGAGCUACAUCGUGAGAAAUCACAGCUCGAGGAGGCGAUGCGCGAACGCGACACCUUUAAAUCGGAAAAAGAAAAAAUGGAGAUCGAGCUAAAGCGCGUUGAGGAAGUCUCUCAGGAGCGAUUGAUCACUGUGGGAAAUUUAAGAAACGAGCUCUUGACUGCACAGGAUCAAUUAAAAGCGCUCGAUACGCAAAUGUCCAGAGAUCGGGAGAAACUCUUGAAAUUACGAGAAGACAAGAAAAUACUUUUGGAUAAAGUAUCGGCCAGCGAGACACUGGCGACAGAACGCGGUGUCAGAGCGGAAAAAGCGGAAUCCACAGUCGAGGAAUUGCAGUUGCGAUUAGUGGCGCAAAUAUCUCUCACCGAGUCUGCGCAAGAACAGCUUCAGCGUACUUCCAAGAAGCUGCAAACUACGGAGAUGGAGAAACAGAGAUUGGAAAAACGUCUGAAAGCUAGCGAAAGCAGCGCAAAAGUUCUGAGCUUACGCGCGAUUUCUCUCGAGAGUGAGUUGGCUAAUCGAGAAGCUGAGCUUCGCCGCGUUGAAGUGGAAUAUAACUCGCAAGUGGCGGAAUUAAGCGAGCUGAGAGAGCGAUUGCUGCGACAAUCUCAGGAGGGUGGUUGGAGCAGGCGGAUAUUGCAGAUCGCUGGCAGCAUCAUGCGCGUAUCCAUCCUACGAACUUUUACGUUUCUAUCUAACGCCACUCUGCCAUUGCCGCCGUAGGUAGGUAUACUCUAUAGCAAUUCGCAAUUUCCAACUUGCAACAAUUGAGAGAACGCAAAAGCCUCGUGCCUGUGCUUCGUACCUGUUACCUUCGAAGAGCUUAUAUAAACAGAGUAGAGAAGGCAUAGGGAUCCCUGUAAGUAAAAAUGUUAGGCGAUAGAAAGAAAAAAAUAUAGAGAGAGCGUAUCUUUAUCCUUGUUUAAUGUUGCGUGCGCAACAAGGAUGCUGAUGGGCUUCUCGUUUUCUGUCUUCGUCUAUCUGCUCAGGCAUUCUUAGCUUAGGCUCCACUACUCUAUGUAUAUAAGCUCUUUGGUUACCUCACGUCGUUUAAGAUAAAACUAAAAAUGAUAUUGACUAAAAAUUGUAUUGAACAGAAAUUAAUGUAGGAUCUCGUUAACUGUCGUUAUAUUCUUAAUUGUUGCUUUUAAUAAUGAUACAAUAAUUCUGUCAAUAA